UCCUAAUCGGUCUAGUCGUCGUUUUAUUGAGGCCCGUUAUUUACUCCUGGCGCCGACAUCGGAGCCUCACCAAACAGAUAAAUGAACAAUUUCCGGGUCCGCAAACCUGGCCAGUGUUCGGCAAUAUAUUGCAGUUCGGCUUCACCCCAGACGCUUACUUGAAGAGCACGCUCAAAUGGUUUCAGGAAUUCGAUUACAAAAAUAUUCGAAUCUAUGCGGGCCCCUUGCCCUACGUGAUACUCAUGGAGCCCAAGUUUGUGGAGCACGUCCUAAGCAGCAAUAUCCUGACCUACAAAUACGAUCCAUACAAUAUGCUCUACCCCUGGCUGGGAAGCGGCCUACUCACGGCCAAUGGGGAGCAGUGGACGCUGCGCCGAAAGCUCAUCACCCCCUCCUUUCACUUUCGUAUUCUGAAGGACUUCUUGCACGUUAUGAAUGAGACCAGCACACAAUUUAUGUCCUUGCUGGAGAAAGAGGCAGCUGCCUGCCAAGUGCUGGACAUGCAAAGUCUAGUUAUGCGCAAUACGAUUGAUGUCAUAUGCGAGACCGCAAUGGGCACCCGGGUGAAUAGCAUUGGAGGGCAGUCGUCGGCUAUUGUGACUGCCAUAGACACUCUCUGUAACGUGAUACCCGAAAGAGGGGUUUCCGUGUUCAAGCGCUUCGAUGUAUGCUUCAAGCUUACUCCGCUCUAUGCCAAGCAGCAACGAGCUCUGACUACUUUGCGAAAGGAAUUUGCGCAGAUCAUUGAGAAGCGCCGCGCCUUGAUCCAAACAAGUAGCUAUAAUGCAACGCCCGAUGAUGAUGAGCUUAUGGAUGCUAAGCGCCCCAAAAUGGCAUUUUUAGAUAAUUUACUGACCGCUGAGGUGCAGGGGAAGCCUUUGACGUUUGAGCAAAUCUUCGAAGAGGUAUCCACAUUUAUGUUUGAGGGACACGAUACGACUGCCUCGGCCAUUACAUUUGCCUUGUACUGCCUGGCAUGGUCACCAGAAUCGCAGCAGCGUGCCUUUGAGGAGCAGCUCCAGCUACAUGGCCACGAUCGCCAGCGCCAUUCGACUUUUGACGAGCUGCAGAACAUGAAAUAUUUGGAUUUGGUUAUUAAAGAAACUCUCCGUAUAUUUCCCAGUGUGCCCUUUAUCUUUCGCACAGCCAAGCAAGCGACCCAGAUUGAGGAUAAAUUCAUACCGCAGGGCACAACUUUAGGGAUAGGAGUUUUGUCCAUCGGCCACAGUCCACACGUUUUUUCGGAACCUCUGGAAUUUCGACCGGAGCGCUGGGAAGCCAGAGAACACACAAAUGUUAAUGCUUUCGAUUAUGUGCCUUUUAGUGCAGGUCCGAGAAAUUGUAUAGGUCAGAAGUUUGCGCUGCUCGAGCUGAAGGUAACACUAUCGAAGCUGCUGCGUCAUUUUCACUUAAAACCCGCACCAGAAUCGCGACAGAGUCUGGCUCAAAUUUUCGAUCCCCAGCACAGGCCUGGCCCACAGGAGCUAAAGCUUUACAUUCCCAUCACCCUGAAAUCUAUGACCGGAGUGCCACUGCGUUUGCAGCCACGCACUUAUUAGAGCUAUGCCAAAUACACAAAUGUUAAUCUGUUGAUGCUUUA